GGGCAAGUGCGGCUUCGUGUAGGCUUCAGCCCGGCAGGGAGCGCCGGGCGCGGCCGCCAUCUUGGCUGAGGGCACGGCCUCGCCGGGGCAGAGGGAGAAGAGAAUUCCACAAAAAUUCCACGGAGGAGCGGCCGGAGACCCGCGCGGCCAUGGGGAGGAUCGGGCUGCAGCUCCGCGCCACGCUGGAGAACAUCACCCGGCUGCGGGCCGAGGGCGAGGACUUCCGGUGGUACCUCAAGCUGAAAUGUGCGAAUUGCGGCGAAGUCUCUGAGAAGUGGCAGUACCUGCGACUGAUGGACAGUGCUCCCCUGAAGGGCGGCCGAGGCAGCGCCACGAUGGUGCAGAAGUGCAAGCUGUGCUCCAGGGAGAACUCCAUCGAUAUUUUAAGUCAGACAAUCAAGCCUUACAAUGCUGAAGACAGUGAGAAAUUCAAGACAAUAGUAGAGUUUGAAUGCCGAGGUCUGGAACCAGUUGACUUUCAACCACAGGCAGGGUUUGCUGCUGAAGGUGCAGAAUCUGGCACACCUUUCAAUGACAUAAACCUGUUGGAAAAGGAUUGGAAUGACUAUGAUGAAAAAACAAAGGAAUCUGUUGGGAUCUAUGAAGUUACCCACAAAUUUGUAAAAUGCUGAAGUUCACAGCCCUAAUAAAUCUUGACAUGCUUAUUGAUGGAGGAGCUGUAUCCAUCAGAUACAAAGUUUCCUUGGAGUUCCUAAGUUUACAGAAUCAUUAAGGUUGGAAAAGACCUCCAAGAUCACCGAGUCUGACCUUUGGCCAACAUCACUAAGUUGUACUUACUGUCCCCAGCAUUCUCUAAUAAAAUAUUUUCCACAGAGCA